AUGCCUAUCCGGGCCUCCUCCAGAUCGACACGCACAUCCACGGCGGCUGCCACAGUGGCAUCGAGGGCAUCGACAACCUCACGCGUUUCCUCAGCCGCACUCGGCAUACCUGAAGACGGACCCGACAAUGCGUUGCGAUCCCAGAUCUGCGUCAUCUUCAAGGAUGCGCAGAAAACCACUGCGUCCCACAGGAAGUUGGUCGUCAAUCUACGCAAGAUCCAUGAGUCUUGCUGUUACGAACCUACCCGCCCCAAGAAGCCCGCUGCUGCGGCUCCUGCCGAGGACUUCGAUGAGGAUGAUUUCAAUGCCGAGUUUUCUCGGUGCGUUAUGAGGGCUAUGCCUGUCAAGAAAAGCGAAAGCGUUGGCGAAAAGACCAUUCGCUUUGUUGGUCUCUUUCUGCGCCAUGCUAGCGACAAGGACAACGAGAUGCUUGGCGAAGACGAUGCCGAUGCUAGCACCAUGCCCGAGACCCCAAGCACCCGCCUCAUCACCCAAGUCAUGGCCUCAAUUCUGCCAUUACUAACAGCCAAGGACAAAUUCGUGCGUUUCCGCUCCACCCAAUUUGUCUCGCAUGUCAUCAACUCUCUGGACGCCAUCGACGACGACUUAUUCCAAAAGCUGCGCCAAGGCCUUCUCAAGCGUAUCCGUGACAAGGAAGCAAUGGUCCGCGCUCAGGCUGUCCUCGGCUUGGGCAGGCUGGCAGGGAAUCAGGUCGAGGCCAUGGCCAACUCUGAAGACAGCGACGACGACGACGCAGAGACAGGUCUGCUCGAAAAACUGCUCGAAGUCUUACAAAAUGAUCCAAGCGCCGAGGUGCGCCGCUCACUUUUGGUGAACCUGCCCAUAUUGCCAAACACGCUACCAUAUUUGCUGGAGCGUGCACGAGAUCAAGACCCUCAGACCCGCCGCGCCGUUUAUGCGAGGCUCCUCCCCGCCUUGGGUGACUUUCGCCAUCUAUCCCUCUCCAUGCGUGAGAAGCUCUUGCGCUGGGGUUUGCGGGAUCGCGACGAAAACGUGAGGAAGGCCGCUGGCCGUCUGUUCCGAGAUCGGUGGAUCGAGGACUGCGCUGGGGUUCCUCCGGCGCCCGAGGACGGGAAACCUGCCGAGACCCCCGGACCCAGUUUUGACGGUCUUGUCGAGCUCCUCGAGCGCAUUGAUGUCGUCAAUUCUGGCGUCGAGAACGGUGUAGCCAUCGAGGCUAUGAAGGGAUUCUGGGAGGGCCGCCCCGACUAUAGGGACGCCGUCUCCUUUGAUGACUACUUCUGGGAAACCCUGUCGGCCGAGUCGGUCUUCAUGGCCAGAAGUUUCAACGACUUCUGUCGCGCCGAGGGGAACCGCAAGUACGAGUCCCUUGUUGAAGAGAAACUCCCCGAGGUCACCAAGUUGGCCUUUUUUCUGGAGCGUUACCUCAAGGUGCUUGUCGAGGCAAUCCGUAGAGUAAACAGCCAAGAGCUUGGCGAGGAUGACGAGGAAGAGGACACGGUCGAGCAAGAGUUCAUUGUUGAGCAACUAUUGCAUAUUAUACUGACCUUGGAUUACUCCGACGAAGUCGGUCGUCGCAAGAUGUUCUCCCUUCUGCGACAGAUGCUCUCCAUCCCGGAACUACCAGAUGAGGUUACGAAACUCACAGUCGACGUUCUCCGCGAUAUAUGCUCGCCCGAUGCAGCUGGAGAGAAGGAGUUCUGCAGCGUCGUCCUCGAGGCUGUCGCAGAUGUUCAUGACACCAUCGUCGACGAGCCAACUCCGGAGAAUGACGAUGACAGCUUUCAUUCGGCACGGUCGGAUGUCAGCGGCGAUAGCACACCAACGAGGGGUGAUAAGCGUUCCAAAGACACAAACCUGACCGAGGAGGAAGCCAGAGCCAAGGCCAUCAAGGAGAUCAUGAUCAAUAUGAAGUGUCUGCAUAUUGUCCAGUGCAUGCUCACCAACGUUGAAGGCACUCUGCAGGAUAAUGAUCAUCUCGUGGCAAUGCUGAACAACUUGGUAGUCCCAGCUGUGCGCAGCCACGAAGCCCCAGUGCGAGAGCGCGGCCUUGUCUGUCUCGGGCUCUGUGCGCUCCUUGACCGGCCCCUGGCCGAGGAGAACUUGACACUCUUCAUGCACUUUUUCGCCAAGGGACACUCCGCCUUGCAGAUCACAGCUUUGCAUAUCCUUACGGAUAUUCUGAAUGUGCACGGGGCACAACUGCUCGCCAGCAAUUCUGCGCUGCUCAAGGUCUACAUCAAGGCGCUGAGGUCGGGCUCCAGAAACCCCGAAGUUCAAGGCGCCGCCGUCGUAGCAGUGUCGAAACUGCUGCUGGGCCGGGUUGUGACGGACCAUGAUACCUCGGCCGAGCUUCUAAAGACGCUCGUGGUGGCAUACUUUGACCCUUCAACAGCGGGAAACCAGAGUGUCAGGCAAGCUUUGAACUACUUCUUGCCUGUCUUUUGCUAUUCGAGGGCCGAAAACCAAGAGCUGAUGCGCUCAGUGGCGCUUGAUGCACUUCAUGCUCUGUACAACGUCAGAGAAGGGCUGGAAGAUGAUGAUGCCGACGUCAAUGAGGAGAUGGCUAGUCUGACCAUAAUCGGCGCGUGUCUGGUGGACUGGACCGACCCGCGGAAGUGCUAUCAGCCUGGCAUGUCAAUGGAUGCCGAGAAGAGGAAUGUCAAUGGUGACAUACAUCUUGACCUUGCCACCGACGUUUUGGAGAGGUUAGACGGCAACAUUAGUAAGGACGAGAAGAAGGUGGUUGCCACAUUGUUGGGCAAACUAUACGUAUCACCGGCUUCGUCGGAGGAGAAGAUUCGGAGCUUAUACGAAGAUGUAAACGCAGCUGUCGAAGGAAAUCUCCUCUCCGACGCGACAAGCAGGAACGCCCUCUACAAGAUUCACGUAAGCCUUGGCAAGAUUGUGAAUCAGCUGAGCGAGCAAGUCAAGGGUGGUGGUAGGAGGAGCACAAGCCGGAGUAUGAGUGUUUCUGUGGCAGGCGAUGAGAAGACGGCCAGAGAGGAUAGCGUCAUGACGCAGCCGUUAAUCAAGGAGGAAGAGGUUUCUGAUAAUGAUGACGAUGACGACGAUACCAAUGACCGGAGCAACGACACGGUAAGGCAGCCAGGUGAGAUGGAUGAGUCCUCGUUAGUGCAGGAGUUACUCUCCGAUGCGGAAGAAUAA